GACUUGGUGGCUAAAGGUCUAAACGUAAGUACAUCGUCCGCUCUACAUCAUCAUUUCCUGUAUUUUUAAGCGAGAUGAAAGUCUUGGUCUCCGUCAUUACCGUGGCGGCGGUGGCGUCGGUCGUCACGUCCCAGGCUCAAAGAUGCACCGCUCGCAACGGUAACCCAGGUCGCUGUGUGGAAGUGCAACAGUGUCCUCGGUUGCACGAUCUCCUCAUCCGACGCCCACCAGGUGCUAUCGACAUAUUACGUGGCGCCAUCUGCUCCUUCACGCAACAGAGGGCGCUUGUCUGUUGCGAAGACGCACCAGCUGUCGUUUCGCCGGGACCAUCUGUGAACAGGCUACGAGGGAGACAGCUCUUGCCUCGUCAGUGUGGUCACACCGCCCUGGUAGACCGGAUCAUCGGAGAGCCUGCUCCGCUGCUGUCUUGGCCCUGGAUGAUUCUGCUCAGAGGGCAAAAUGCUGAAGGGCGGCGUCGGUUCUUCUGUGGCGGCGUCCUCCUCUCCGAGCGCUACGUGCUGACGGCCGCCCACUGCGUCCACAAGGGCGCCCUCCUGUCUCUGGAAAGCGUGAGGGUCGGCGAGCACACCGUGGGCAGGGACCCCGACUGCCAGAAGAACGUGUGCGCUCCCUCCCCGCAGGACAUCGCCGUGGAACAGGUCAUUGUGCACGAGGCUUACGGGUCGCCGUGCCUCAGUUGCAACGACAUUGCCCUCCUGCGACUUGCAACGCCGGCCAGGAUUGAUAAUUUAUACGUGACCCCCGUGUGUCUCCCGCUGGAGCCUCUGAGAGACCUCGGCUUCUCGGCGCGGGAUCUGAAGACGAAGCGCGCGUGGGUCGCUGGCUGGGGCGCCACUGAGGCCCUCGCUUCCCGCACAGGCACAGGGACUUUCUCGAAUGUUCUGCAACACGGGAAUCUGCCCAUUAGUGAUCGCUUCUGCAAACAGGAUCUCCGCGAUUAUCCCGAUCCAGAUAUGGUGCUGUGUGCCGGAGGCGAAGACCACGACGCCUGCAACGGUGACUCCGGAGGCCCUAUGGUCAUUAGCAACAGCAACAGGACGCGGAGAUACGUUAUCGGCGUGGUGAGUCGCGGCCCCACUGUCUGCGGCGCCCCUGAGAGCUCGGGAAUUUACACCAGCGUCAUCUAUUACAUGGACUGGAUCCUGAGUAACCUCCGUGCUUAGAAGGGGGCGACGAAGGGGGAGGUCGCGACAGGAUCUGCGCUGGAAUAGGAAGUUUUGGUCGACAGGAUCCGCCAGGGAAGAGGGGAUAGCAAAGGGGAGAUUGGUACGGGGUUUGGCGUUCGGAUUGGUUGGUGAAUGGGAUAAUUAUGGAUUUGAGUUGAGUGAAAUGGAAAAUGGGAUAAUUAUGGAUUUGAGUUGAGUAAAAUGGAAAAUGGGAUAACGAAGGGGAGAUUGCUACAGGAGGAUUCGUGAUGAAUAAAUUGAAAGACAGAAUGAGGGAUCGCCUGGCUUGAGUUGCAACGACAAUGCACUCCUGCAACUUGCAACGCCCACCAGGAUCGAUAACCGUGUUGCAGAGAUAAGGGUACGGUUUUAGUCGUGUGAAGAAAUUGGGUUUGUGGAAAAAAGUUGCUUCAACUUUAUACAUAAAGAAAAAAAAUAUAUAUCAAUUAAGCGAAAUGGCCUUUGAGAAAAUGGUUGUUUUAAGGGAAUAAUUGUCUGGUUGUUUGUGUUGCAAGAAAGUCAACUAUUUCUCAUUGUGCUUUAAAGAAACUGAAGGUGCUGUUGUGUUUGUACGGUUUAAAGAGAUAUUACUAAUGCUCAUAUCAGGUACAAAAAUAUGUCUGUGCUAAGAUUUUCGAAAUAUAUUUUUUUGGGUUUGUGUAGCGGUCAUUGCUAAGAUUUACAUUCAUCAUUCACGAAGAAAAUAGUGAAUUUGAUUUUCCAUGUUAUUCAUUUUGUUAUAUAACUCACGAGCGAGAUGAUACUGACUUUUUUUUUUUAUUUAACGCUCUUCAAAUUCAAAAUUGUAUUGAUGUAAUAUUGUGUAAUUACGACGCACACACACACACGCAUGCACACACACGCACACACACACACACACACACACACACACACACACACACACACACACACACACAUACACACACACACACACACAUAUAUAUAUUAUAUAUAAAUAUAUCGAUAUUAUUAUAAUAUAUCAUAUAUAUAUAUAUGUUAUCUUCUUCUUUUAACGGUAGGUUCAUGUCUGAGCCGCCGUGGUCACAGCAUGAUACUUAAUUGUAGUUUUCAUGUUGUGAUGCUCUUGGAGUGAGUACGUGGUAGGGUCCCCAGUUCCUUUCCACGGAGAGUGCCGGUGGUACCUUUUAGGUAAUCAUUCUCUCUAUUUAUCCGGGCUUGGGACCAGCACUUGAUUUGGGCUGGCUUGGCCACCCAGCGGCUAGGUAGGCAAUCAAGGUGAAGUUCCUUGCCCAAGGGAACAACGCGGCGGUCGGUGACUCGAACCCUCGAAUUCAGAUUGCCGUCGUGACAGUCUUGAGUCCGACGCUCUAACCAUUCGGCCACCGCGGCCUUGACGAUCAUGGGCUUCCAUGAUUUUUUCUUAGCAACUUAGAGCGGUGGUUUGCCAUUGCCAUUACAAGUAUAUAUGUAUAUAAGUAUAAAUGAUAUAUAUAAUUAUAUCAUAGAUCAAAUCAUGAUGGUAUGUUAUCAUUAUUGGCAUUAUUAUUAUUAUUUAGGAUUGUUGAUGUUCAUUUUGAUAGGAUGUUGUGUAUUAU